CAUUGCGGUGGCUCUAUUCAAGAAAUUCGGUCGAUAGUCAGUCACCUGUAUCAUUUCGAAAUCCCAUACUGCCAAGUUACUCAAGAGAGAUGGCUAAAGUCUGGGCCAUACUGGCCAUAGCGCUAUUUCUAGGAGCACUGGCCUCCGGCGAAAGUCUUUCAAGCGAAACGGCUGGAAAGAUAGAGCCGAAGAUCGUGGGCGGCUAUGAUGCGUCCAUAGAACAGGUAUCGUACCAGGUGUCCAUUCGCCUCACCGCCAACGACAAGAAGAGCUAUGGAUCUGGUCACCUAUGCGGUGGGGUGGUCAUUUCCCAACGUUUGGUGGCCACCGCCGCCCACUGCUGUUACAUCACCGACAAGAAGAAGUACCGAACUGCUGGCGAAUUUGUCCUGGUCAUGGGCAGCACCUACCUGACGAGCUCCACCGAUCGCACUUUGAUGUACUACCUGCAGCAGCUAAUUACGCACGAGAAUUAUAAUCCGGACGCGUUGACCAACGACAUUGCCCUGAUGUUCAUCAAUGGAUAUAUACCCUGGAAUUGGCCAACUGUAACGGCCCUGGCGUUGAACAGCCAACUUGUGGCCACAAACACCGAUUGCCUGAUCUCCGGAUGGGGUCUGCUCCAGCAGAACGGAACAUUUAGUAGUAAUACUCUGCAGGCCGCGACGGUGCCCAUAGUGUCGUAUACAACCUGUCGCAUUUCAUACAAUUCGAUUCCGGUUUCCCAGGUGUGCGCCGGCUAUUUGAGUGGCGGAGUGGACGCCUGCCAGGGCGACUCCGGCGGACCCAUGAGCUGCAACGGAAUGUUGGCCGGAAUCGUUUCGUACGGCGCUGGAUGCGCAGCACCUGGUUAUCCGGGUGUCUACACAAAUGUGUCGUACUAUUACGAUUGGAUUGUUCAAAAGAAUAGCUCCCUCAACUAUACCAUCUAUCAUAAUGGAGGAGUGCGGCAGGGAUCGAGUUGGUCCUACCUGGGCAUUCUUCCACUCCUUGUGGCCUUCCUCUUGGAACUCUGAAUCUAGUCAUCGCAUAGGUCCGCCAAAUAGUCAAAGACUAGAUUAUAACCUAAUUUAAACUGCAAUUAAUUUAUUAAAUUAACUUACAAUUCU